AUGCCAAUUGACUACUCUAAAUGGGACAAGAUUGAAAUCUCUGAUGAUUCGGAUAUUGAGGUGCAUCCAAAUGUGGAUAAGAAAUCCUUCAUUAAAUGGAAGCAAAGGGAUAUUCACGAGAAGCGGGCUCAACGAAACAUUGAAAUCAAAUCAAUCUUGGUGCAAUUAACCAUGUAUGCAAAACUAAACACUAGAGUAGAAUACUUGACUGAACAACUCAAACCUGAACAGUUUUUGGAAAAUGAGGUGGUCAUGAAAACUCUUGAUGCCAAGUUUGACCCUAAGGAGAAGUUCAACUAUGAAAAGCUCAUCAAAGAAAAGGGCGACACUUUGAGAAAAGGAUUAAAGGAUUUGCAUUUUGAGCCAGAGGAGACAGAAAAUACGCCCUGCUACAACGAGAUGAUUGAGGACUUGCUUAUACAAAUCAAGGACGAUCAUCCAGAUGCAAAGACUGACGGAUUUAAAUUAGUAGAAUACUUGAAAGAGCAUAGAGCCAAGAUCGAUGAUGUUAUGAGCAAACAAACAAUUAAAUUGGACGACCUUUUGUACCAAAAAGCCCAAUUGAUUGUAAGCGACGACUUACACACUGGGUUUGAUCGAUCUUUUAUGAAUAAAGAUAAAGGCGAUGAAGAAGAAGAUGAUGAUGACGGCCAGAAAGGGAAGAGGAACGUCAAGGAUCAAAAUAAACCCACCAAAAAGGAAACAGUCACAGCCAGCGAAACUGUUAAUACAUCAUCAAGAACUUUGGGUAACGCUGCACCAUCUGCGUCAUCUGCACCAUCUGCGUCAUCUGCGUCAUCUGCGUCAUCUGUGCCAUCUGCGUCAUCUCAGUCGUCAUCCUCUUCCAGAACAGCUCAGGUUUCUACAGGCGAGAAAUCUGAGGCGGAUAUACUAGACGAGUUGGAACUUAAACCGGAGACUGAAAAGUUUGGUAAAUUACCAACGACGAGUUUAUCCGAUUCCGCAGACUUCCUCAUAAAACACACCAAGAUCUGCACUGAGCAGCAGAAGGAUGCAUUGAUGAUGUCAGCAUUCGAUGCUCAAUUGGAGGGAAAUACUACACGCUUGAAGCAGAUUGUGCACCAGGCACUCAUUUUGCAAUAUAUUGUGCAAUUGAAAGGGUCCAACACAUCCCGCGAUGAUACCAUCCGUGCUAUCAAGUUAUUCUUUAGUAAAUUCCAAAGUGAAGAAAAAAUGCAAGCGUUUUUCAAUGAAGAGUUCACAAAUACUGUAAACCAUAUUAUUCAAAGGUGUAAAAUCAUUAAACAAGAACAAGAGGAGCGUGCUGCAGCAGCAAAUACAGAAGGUGAUGGAAACGACGAAGAAGCCUUGAUUCAAUUACGUGCUUUGGAUGAAAACACUACUUUAUCGGUCAAUAUACCUGAAGAAGGUACGCAAGAAUACGAAAUUUUUAAAACAAAAUUACCAGUAGAGUUUCAAAGGGCAAUCAUGACUCAAAGUCUUGAUGAAGUGAACAAGGAGUUUGCUAAAUUAAAAGUGGAAGAUGCCGAAAAGAUUUUGGAAAUUUUUAACGAAUGUGGUGCAAUUGGUGUCAGUGGUUACUUGGAAGAUGAACAGGAAUUUGAAGAAUUGAAAAAAGAAUACAAUGAGCAGGAGCACGCUGAUCACUUUACUAAAACAGGUGACGCUAUAUCAAAUGUAUCUGAACAACAAACGGAUACUAACGAUAUAGUCGAUUAG